AUAGCGUUCCCUCUGUGUCUCUGUGAGUGUUGAGCAAAAAUCAAUUCCAGUUUAUCAUCCUGAGAGUAUGAGACAUUUGCUGAGAUUGUUUCAGCUAACACGUGUCCAGGGCUUUGGGUUCUAGGGUUACUGAAGUGAGGCCUCGUCUGGAAUGGCUUAGCUUCACUCUUUUGCCCAGAUUAUGGUGUAAAAGUGGAUCGUACAGAUAAGGUUUUUAUUGUUUGUCGUAUAUGUUGAUACUGAUUAAUGGACGUCAAACGCUUGAAAAAUGAAUUAUAGUGUACUCGCCUCACUGUUUCUCCUUCCUACCUUCUUUCUAUCCGUUGAUCUUAUUGGUCCAGAGGCUGAGAGAGGUUGUCUCUCAUUUGACGAGCGUGCUAAAAAGAAAGGUUGUGAGUGUGUGGUCUACCAGAGUACAGGUCAGCCCGGGUCCCGGACCUUCCACUCCCCUAAUUAUACCUCUGCUCAGACCUACCCCAGAGGAAUCAUCUGUAUUCUCUUCUCUUUUAUUGGAGAUGUAAAUGAGACAGUAGAGAUUACGUUUAUUGACUUCAACCUUCAUCCUAAAGUGAAUAAUAGGUGUCCAGAUUUUCUCAAACUCUAUUUAGACGAACGAGCGGAAGUGAAUGAACAAAGUAUUUCAGAAUACGACUUAUGUGGAAACAUGUCGGACCUUCCUCAGAAAACUUUUUAUUCGAAGGGUAGGAGUCUACAUAUGGAGUUCCAUACAGCACCAGACGGGACUCUAAAUAACUCCUAUAAAGGAUUCGCUGGAAAGUUUUCAUUUGUAGACUCAAAGGAAUUCCAGACAACAAUGAAGCCAGUUUCGAAGGAUCCAAAUACAUGUUCCUACACAGACCAACAUAACGACAACAGCCUCAACAAAGGGAGGUUCUUCUCCCCUCGAUACCCCCAAAACUUCCCUCCUUGGUCCUCCUGCAGCUACCAGUUCUUUGCACGACCGGGGGAAAUUAUCCAGAUUAACUUUCUUGUUUUCCAGUUGUCGGGCAACGCCUCAAGCUGCAAGAAGGAUGAAGACUACAUUGAGUUGUUUGAAAACAGAAAUAAAACAGAGAGGAUAGCGUUCAUCUGUGGCACUAAAAGUGUUCCUACCAUUACAUCACAUAAUAACUAUUUAAGUGUGUAUUUCCAUUCCAAAUCGAACUCCAACAAGAAAGGAUUUGCAGCUACCUAUGAAUAUAAAUCUAUAGAUUCUAUUGUACACAAAUGCAGCAGAAAUAUAACGCAGGCUUCCUCCCCUGCAGGGACCAUCAGCAGUCCUAGGUACUCAAAUCAAUACCCUGCUGACGUCACGUGUACAUAUGACUUUUACGCUAAUCCCGGUGAAAGAGUACAAAUCAAGUUCACUCACUUCAAUCUUUUCAAGUCACAGCUUUAUACACAGGAAGGGGAUUGUAAGUUGGAGGAUUCCGUGUCUAUUUAUAUCUUCGAAUCCUAUGACGAGGCCAGUAUCAUGUUUUGUGGGGAUAGGCUCCCCCUACAAUACAUGUCCGUGUACAACUGGCUGAGGGUCAGGUUCGUCAGUCUGCCCGGGGGAGACAAGGGACAAGCCUCGGGGUUCGAGUUCCAGUAUAAAUUUAGAAAAGAUUUUGGAAUAACAACAGGCUUACAAUCGAUGGGCGAUAAUGGUCGCCCCCUUUGUAAGUUCCUGUAUAACAGCACGGUACAGAAGGUGGGUAACUUUACCACCCCUAACUACCCCGGGUACUACCCCUCCUACACACACUGUGAGUACGUAUUCCGCGGCGAACCAGGAGAGCGAGUCACCAUCACCCUGGACAAUUUCGACGUAGGAAGAGGAGGAGUAUGUGAAGGUAAGAACGACCACGUGACGUUUACCGCCUUCGCUCACGAUGGACCAGACAGGGGAUUCAAACCUAUCUGUGGUGUCAUGCAGUCAUUGAUCACCAAACGAGUGUCCGACGGCGCCUACUUCCGGGUUCUGAUGAGUUCCUUUGAUAACUACGAACAUACGGGUUUCCUGGGACGAUAUGAAUUUAGCCCUGAUUACAAAGUCAUCUUUCCCACAACCUCGUCACCAGAGAAGAGGAGCGGAUCCCAAUCUUCAUCAAGUGACAUCCCUGUGUUAGACAGUCUUUGUGUGAUAAUGCUUUCUAUAAUUAGUUUAUCUAGAGUCAAUAUGUUGAGCUAGCUACCGCUAAAUGUUAUAGGGAAAAAAAGUUUUUAACUCAUGUUGAUUAAUGCUGUAAAAUCAAAUAUUUUUGUGGUGAUAAAAUUUCGAGUGGUUUAGGACAGAAUAUUUCAUUGUGUAGAUUUCGCGGAAAUGUUGAUCGAUUGUUCAAGAUUUUAUAUUAUGUGGAGGAUAUGAAAUUAAAUCAUGGCUCUCCUAACAGACACAUUUUUUUCAAUUAUACCUCAUAAAAGAAAGAUUUAUUAAAAUAAUGCGUGAAAUAUUUCUACUCAUGUGUAGAGACCACUAUUGUGUUGAUCUAUAGAUUUACGAAGUACAGAUUUAAGUAUAACUUAUCAAAUUCAAAAAUACUGCACAAGCGCACUAAAAGUUUAUUAUUUACUUAAAGUUACUCCAAAGCUACAUAUGAUGUCCUUUAUUUUUUUUUUAAUUUGAAACUUUAAAAUCGUAAGAUAUAAGCAUAAACCAAAAUGUAAUAUGUAAAUUUAACAUUCUUUCAACAAAUAUGGUUGAAAAUAUAUUAUGUAUUCAUGAGCAUGCCAGUAAUUAUGUCCCAAAAUCAAAAUCUUGAUUUUUAAAUUAAGUAUUCAAGUGUACAUGUACCUUUGUCUUUAAUUGUUGGCAUCAUAACAAGAAACUCGCCAUUAUUUGUUUUUUUUUUAUGACAAGAACUUU